CCCAAGUCCCAAGUCCCAAAUGUUCCUCGUAACGUAUCUUAAAAGCAAAUACUCCCAAACUACAAGCUGCCCCUCACUGCACGCACCGCACCCCGUCUCUUGUAUGCUCUUCACAUUCGUCUGACACAAAAGCUUUCCUCCUCUCUCUCUCUCUCUCGGUUUCUGCUCCAAUUUCAAUAUCAAAAGCCCCCCUUCUACUCUCAUAUUUUUCCAUAGUUUGUGCUGUGAGAGAGAGAGAGAGAGGGAGAGAGAGAGAGAGAGAGGGAGAGAGAGGCAGUGUCCGUUGCCCAAAAUCACCCCGAUAAUUAUUCAAAAUGUCACUUCGACCCAGCAGUAGAACAGAGGUGAGGAAGAAAUCUUACAAAAUUGGGGUAGAUGCGGAUGAGGCUCGUCGUAGAAGGGAAGACAAUUUGGUGGAGAUCAGGAAGAACAAGCGGGAAGACAAUCUCCUUAAGAAACGCCGUGAAGGCCUUCUUCAGUCCCAACAACUUCCUGAUACUUCUCAAUCCCCUGCUCUUCUCGAGAAAAGACAGUUGGAAAGUAUUCCUGCUAUGGUCCAAGGAGUGUGUUCGGAAGAUCCUGCUACACAAAUCGAAGCAACUACGCAUUUUAGGAAGCUCUUAUCAAUUGAGCGCAGUCCUCCAAUUGAUGAGGUGAUUAAUGCUGGAGUUGUUCCUCGAUUUGCGGAAUUCCUCGGGAGGCAUGACCUACCUCAACUGCAAUUCGAAGCUGCAUGGGCUUUGACCAAUGUUGCAUCUGGGACUUCAGAACAUACUCGAGUUGUGAUGGAACAUGGAGCUGUUCCUAAGUUUAUUCAACUUCUAAGUUCAGCCAGUGAUGAUGUGCGUGAGCAGGUCAAACCUGCAUUGCCAGUUCUUCAACAGCUUAUCCACAUGAAUGAUGAAGAGGUCUUGACAGAUGCUUGUUGGGCCCUUUCUUAUCUAUCGGAUGGCCCAAAUGAUAAGAUUCAAGCUGUAAUCGAGGCGGGUGUCUGUCCCCGACUUGUGGAGCUUCUUCUUCAUCCAUCACCUACAGUUCUUAUACCUGCUCUUCCGACUGCGGGAAAUAUAGUCACGGGUGAUGAUGCUCAAACACAGUACGUGAUUGACAACCAAGUCUUGCCAUGUCUCAAUCAAUUGCUAUCCGAAAAGCAUAAGAAAAGCAUCAAGAAGGAGGCUUGUUGGACAAUCUCUAAUAUCACCGCUGGAAAUAGAGCCCAAAUACAGGCUGUUAUCGAGGCCAAUAUCAUUCUUCCCUUGGUACACCUCUUGCAGCAUGCAGAAUUUGAUAUUAAGAAAGAGGCGGCAUGGGCUAUCUCAAAUGCUACUUCUGGAGGAUCUCAUGACCAGAUCAGGUAUGUCAAUAUAUCCAUAUGCCCUUUUUUGAUGCUAUAUUUCCACCACUAGAUCUGGGUUUGCAGAAGUGAAUCUUGAAGCUGUUUCUUUGAUGAUUUGUGAUCCUUUCAUAUUGUUCCGGUGACAAGAGACAGCUAGUUCUAGAGCUUAGAUUACAGGGACGAUAAAUAUUAAAAAUAAAUAGCUAAAUGAGGACAAACUUUUCAUUUUUGUCUUCGGGAAACUACACACUUCAUCCCCCCGCCUCCCCAAAAAAAAAAAAAAAAAAAAAUUGUCCCAAAAAGUCACUUACACAUGCAAACUUUACAGGCGUCCUUUUACCCCCUUAUUCUUGUUUGGAGUGGAACUACUACCACCCUGGGACGUAUUCCACAUCAGCGCUCAGCAAUUCAUUAAGUUUUAACUUUUUCCCUUUUUUUUUGACACCUUUUCCCCCCUUCUUUUUAUUACUCUUUUUUACACUAGUUAACUCUAAUUAACCCUUAACACUCCUCAAUAACUGUCAUCUCCUUCACCCCCCUAAUUAUUGUGGAACUGUGAACAAGAACAUUAAGAUUGCUUCCUCUCCACCAAAUAGAACAAAAUUUAAGAUUGAAAUUGGAUUUUUGAAUGUUAUUUGCAUUGCUUGGAGAAUAAGAUGAGUUCCUUUGUGUUUUUUUAUUUCUUCUAUAUUUUUUCCAAAAGUCAGCUUUAUCGGUAAGAUUCCGCCAUUAACGACGAAGCUGUAGCUUUUCUCCCUGCUACUAACUGAGAAAUCAACAAGAAUCUCUAUUUCAAUCUCCAAAUCUGGCAGCAUAUCCCCAUCGUCGAAUAUCUAUUUGUUAAGAGUUUAAGAGGGCAUUCUUUAUAAAACCGAAAGAGUUUAAGAGGGCAUCAACGGACUCAUUCCUGCUAACAUGUAUUGAAUGCUGGUGGGUGUUGUCAGUUGGAUCUGAUAACAACGUCGCAGGAUUUGACUUUUUCUUUUUGUCUUGUCCUAUUCCAGUAUUGCAAAGGUUUGAGGAUUGUAUUUGUUUCUAACAUUGAGUUUUUUUUGUAAAAGAUGCUCAUGAGCUGUUUUAUUAAUUUUCUUUUGAUAUUUAA